ACGCAGGCACCGCAGCUGCGGCUCUGCUCGGUCGCGGCGUAGCAGCAGACACAAGUAGCUAGCAAGUGUCGCAAUCGCGCGCGGGAGCGUGAGACAAUCCUCUCGUCUUGACCGUUCUUUUGUCCGCCGCGUGCAUGCCCUGGGCUGCCUGCAGCCUGCGCUUAUUAUAAGUAGCAGCCGCCGCGACGGUGUCGGGCUAGCGGGGCAGCUUACUGAGCGGCAGCGAGCUGACGAGCUGACGAUGGAGAGCGUGCCGUGGGUCGGGUUGCCGGCGGUGAGGAGGUCGCUGCUGCAGGAGGCCGCCGCCUCGUACGCGCACCGCCAGGCCGCGGCCCCGGCCGCGAGGUCCACGGGGAGGUCGGUCGAGACGCUGGUGGUGAUCCUCGCGGCCAUCGUGCUCGCCGCCGCCCUCGCGGGCGUCCUCGCGCGGGCGUGCGGCGGGAGGCACGUGGCGCCCAGCGCGGACAACGACGUCGAGGGAUGGGUGGAGCGCCGGUGCCGGACCUGCCUCGACGGCGGCCUGCCAGCGCCGCCGGGUGAGGCCAAAUAGUGCUUCUGGCUGGCCUUCUGCGUUGUGUUUCCUCCUCUAGUGAUAGGCUUUAGCAGCAGGUGGCAACGUAGCAUAGUGAUACCGUUAGCCAUUACUAUUAAUCCUUGUAAUGUAUAAUUAGAAUGUACUAAGUAGAAUGCUGGAUGACGAGAUGCUGUUUUCUACAAAAAGAGGGUACCAGAAUAGACAUUAGAGUUUCUCAGUUCCUUAUAUAUAUUUGAGUAUUAC